UCAUUCUGUCUGUCGCUUCUCUUGGGGUUCUUUUAAUUACCCCAUUGAGCAACGAAUUAACAAAUUGCAAAUCCAGCAUCCCAUCCUCAUCGUGUUCACACUCACCGUCCCGUUCCGACCAUCCUAUGCUCACCCCCCCUCUGGAUUUACCGACAAAAGUCUCAGGGCAAAAAAAACACUACAAGCUUUAAAAUAAAAAAAUUACAAAAAUGUAUAAAACCUCUUCAAAAAAACUUUCAUCAGUCUGCUAAAGCCAUCUGAACUGUUGCCGCACACACUUUGCUUGCUGGUUUCCACAAACACUUCACUCUGAUCUGACAGCACUGUUUCUCUACUUAGGGUUAGGGUUGGGGUAGGGGUUUCGGCAUUAUCAUGUGAAACCCUAGCUAGGGGGUAGUUAGGGUUUUUCGGGAUCCCGGGCGAGAUCGAGAGCUUCGUAGAAUGGGAAAUUGUUGCAGAUCUCCGGCGGCAGUGGCCAGAGAGGACGUCAAAUCGAACUUCUCGGGCCACGAUCACGGCCGGCGAGACUCCAGCGCGGGAAAGAAGGCUCAAGUCACUGUCCUGACCGGCGUGCCGAAGGAGAACAUCGAGGAGAAGUACCUAGUGGACAGGGAGCUCGGCCGCGGGGAGUUUGGGGUCACUUACCUGUGUAUCGACCGGGAGAAUAAGGAGCUAUUGGCGUGCAAGAGCAUUUCGAAGCGGAAGCUGAGGACAGCGGUGGACAUCGAGGACGUGCGGCGCGAGGUGGCGAUAAUGAAGCACUUGCCAAAGAAUUCGAGCAUCGUGAGCUUCAAGGAGGCGUGUGAGGACGACAAUGCCGUGCAUUUGGUGAUGGAGCUGUGCGAGGGGGGCGAGCUGUUCGAUCGGAUUGUCGCGCGUGGCCACUACACGGAGCGCGCGGCGGCAGCGGUCACGAGGACCAUAGUGGAGGUUGUGCAGCUCUGCCACAAGCAUGGAGUGAUCCAUAGGGACUUGAAGCCGGAGAACUUCUUGUUCGCGAACAAGAAGGAGAAUUCGCCGUUGAAGGCCAUCGAUUUUGGGCUUUCUAUAUUCUUCAAGCCAGGUGAGAAGUUCUCAGAAAUUGUUGGAAGUCCAUAUUACAUGGCUCCCGAGGUGCUCAAGCGGAACUAUGGGCCAGAGAUAGAUAUAUGGAGUGCAGGAGUUAUUCUCUAUAUUUUGCUGUGUGGGGUUCCCCCAUUCUGGGCUGAGUCUGAACAAGGUGUUGCACAAGCCAUUCUUCGGGGGCUAAUAGAUUUCAAACGGGAUCCAUGGCCUAAUAUCUCAGAGAGUGCUAAGAAUCUAGUCAAGCAAAUGUUGGAGCCAGACCCUAAGCUUCGACUUACUGCGAAGCAAGUGCUCGAGCAUCCUUGGCUCCAAAAUGCUAAAAAGGCUCCAAAUGUUCCUCUUGGAGAUGUAGUCAAGUCAAGGCUUAAGCAGUUUUCAAUGAUGAACAGAUUUAAAAGAAAAGCCCUGAGGGUUAUUGCUGAAUUCUUGUCCACCGAAGAAGUUGGGGAUAUCAAAGAGAUGUUUAAGAAGAUAGACACUGAUAAUGAUGGUAUUGUUUCAAUUGAAGAAUUGAAAGAUGGACUGAGAAAUCUUGGAUCCCACCUUGCUGAGCCUGAAGUCCAGAUGCUAAUUGAAGCUGUAGAUAAUGAUGGAAAAGGAACACUUGACUACGGAGAAUUUCUUGCUGUUUCCCUCCAUCUACGAAGGUUGGCUAAUGAAGAGCAUCUUCACAAGGCCUUCUCCUACUUUGACAAGGACGGCAAUGGGUACAUUGAGCCAGAUGAGCUUCGGGAUGCAUUGAUGGAAGAUGGAGCAGAUGAUUGUACAGAUGUAGCAAAUGACAUCUUCCAAGAAGUGGAUACAGACAAGGAUGGGCGUAUCAGCUAUGAUGAAUUUGUGGCUAUGAUGAAAACCGGAACAGAUUGGAGAAAGGCUUCUCGACAUUACUCUAGGGGGAGAUUUAACAGUCUAAGCAUCAAGCUAAUGAAGGAUGGUUCUUUAAACUUGGGGAGUGAGUAAUAGAUACAUGCAAGGUUGUUCAAUUUAUCCUCACGAAAAAAAAAAGUGCUAUAUUGCCCUUCAUACACCUGGGACUUGCUUUUGUGAUUAUUUGCUGGGGUCCCUUGACCAAAUGGAGCACCUUUUACAUGGUGCCCUACCAGUGUCAUGCAGGGCCGAGUGCAUCUAAUUUGUCCUUGGGAAUGUUUAUCGUGCGUAGAAAAGCCAUGGUUUUGGCAUGUAUGAUUCUGUCCUUCCUUUUCUUUACCAUUCCGACCUUCGGUGAUUUGUUUCUGGUUUACCAUUUCGAAUUGAA